AUGAUCCAUGAGUGGUCAUUUUACGUACUAGACGGAUCUAUUAAUUGGAGAACACAAUUAGGAUCCCUAGAACGCUUACUGCGAUCUUCUAUUUCAAUUGGAAAUCAAGUCAUCUAUGCUGAAGAUAGCAGAGAAGGUGCAAAAUAUGUUAGGAAGCGUUUCGAGAUCGAAUCAGAGGAACUCAUAAGUUUUAUGGAGCUGGUAGAAAAUAAAAAUUUUAGAAUACCGACAAUUCUUUCCUUUGCGGGUAAUGAAUAUAUCAAAGAUUUGAUUUUGGGAUGGAUACGAUCAGAAUGUGGAGUCAUUAUUCUACCGAUAGAGUUCAAUGGUACAUUUAUGAUUUAUGUGGUUGAUGCGAUCUUUUAUGCCAGUACAUUGCACUUCUCUGAGACUUACCGUACCAAGCUUAUAUAUGACGUUGAUACUGAAAAUAAGAACCUAAAAAAACUUGAACUCGAACUGGAUAAGGAUACUUUGAAAACAUUUACAGAUAUGGAAAAACGAUCGGUUUUUGAAAAAUGCAUAAUGCCCUAUAUACGUGAAGAGACAGGGUUAAUUUUGGAGAAAUUAACUCUUUCCAUGAUCUCUUUGGCAGGCUUUGCGAGAAUAAAUAAACGAGGCAUCAGCACUUUCGCAAACACUUUAGAGACCGAAAUUUUGCUAACAUUGUUGCAAAGAUCCCAACUCGAUUGA